AUGGUGGAUUCUCCCGGUGCGAUGAAGAAGAGCCUCCCGGUUCCGGAGCUCCAGCCUCUGGACCGGUACGACCUCAGCCGAGCGAAAACCUCCGCGAGUGUCCGCUGGCUGCUGAACAAAGCGUACGGAUCUGCAGAGAAUGUUCCGGUGGAGUAUCGGGAGCCGUGUUACCGGGACCAGUACCUGCAGCAGCACCUGAAGCCGGCGCUGGUCCAGCUGCUGGUCUCUCCUGAGAUCUACUGCCGGGCCCGGGCGCUGCAGCAGGCGGAGCACGGGGUCUCCCAGCCUGCGGCGCAGGGGCAGGCGGAUAACGGCGCCCUGCUGCAGCUGCUCGUUAAGAAAGGCUUCGGUCCAAAGGUCCAGGAUGUUGACGUCACAGAAGACGACCUCAGCGCCGUGCCCAUCAACACGAAGGCCCAUCUGGCUCUGAUUGACGGCCUGAUGUCAUUGGCUGCUAACGAGGCGGUGGGCCGGGUGAAGAUGGCGGCGGAGGCGGAGCUAACGGGCGCCGGCGCUCCGUGGGAGAACGCCCUGCUGUUCUGGGUCAACAGGCUGAACCAGAAGUUGAGAGAAACCACAGAAGAAGAAGAGCCCAGCAAGGCAUGCACAGACCUGCAGACUGCUCAGGACUCGUGUCAAUCCAACCGUUGGUACUGGAAACUUGUCCCCCAUGCUAUCGCUUUUUGUUUGAAGGAGUCGGGGAAUAAGCCUCCAGUGAUCCGCUACAGGAAGGACCUGGUUCAGUCCAAGCUGACGCCCACCUUCCCGGUAGUGACCGGAGUCAAAGACCUGUCCAACGGCUGCGCCAUAGCUGCAGCGCUGCACUACUACUGCCCCCAGCUGCUGCCUCUAGAGGAUGUGUGUCUGAAGGACACCAUGUCGCUGGCCGACAGUCUCUACAACCUGCAGCUGAUCAGGGAGUUCAGUGAGAGCAGUCUGCAGAGCUGCUGCCCCCUGGCUGUGGAGGACCUGCUCUACGCCCCCCCCACCCUGCACCUGAACAUCAUGAGCUUCAUCGCUGAGCUGCUCGACUGGUUCGAGGUGAAGAAGCCUGAGUUUGUGCAGCCGGUGACACCCAUCGACCUCACAGAUGUCUCCGGGUUACUGGACUGCACCAGUCCUAUGGGCGGGAACAGAAACAGUGGUUCUCCUGCCUUCAUCUUCAAACAACCCUUUGUCCCCAUCAGCUCCCCGGUGUCACCAGAAAAUAAAAGUUGGACAAAGAAACAAAUCAGUCGUCCUCUGUCCGCCGUGACGUUCAGCAUCCCAUUCGGGCUGGACAGUGAUGUAGACAUUGUGAUGGGAAACCCCAUAGAUGCUGUCUUUCGCUCUGUCAGCACCGACAACCUCUCCACCGGCAUCCCAGCGAUGACCACCUCUGUGACGGGGAAGCCUUGUGUCCCGUACGGUCCUCCAGAGGAACUGAGCCACCUGGUCAGCACUUCAGCCCCAUCGCAGCGCUCGUCCUGGGGCCCUUACGCCCACACAAUGCCCCUGGGAGAACUGCCCACCAUCGAGGAGGCCCUGCAGGUGGUGCAGACCCCCAAGAAGGGAAGGGCACCAGAGAAAAGUGGAAAAGGAGUGUUGGGAUCGAGACCCGAGCCAAGGUUACGUCCUGAAGGAGCCCCGGCUGGUUUCUUCCUGCACUCCCCCGACGAGGAUCAGCUCAGCAGCUCCGCUCCCUGUCGCUCCGGAGUCCUCCAUCGGCCGGUUGGUGGGGAAGCGGGAGGCAAUGAAAGGCGAGGAAGAGGAGAGAGGAAGGAGAGGUCAGGACGGACCUCCGAUAUGUCCCGUGAUGACGACUCUGUUCUGCGAGAUGGCAGCGUUGACUCCUCUGAAGCGUCGGAUGAUACGCCCAGAAACGCCCCGGGGAACAUGCGACCAGGCGGCGGACGGCAGGGAAGCAACAGCAACAGCAACAGCAACAGUCCACGCAUGACAAGCUUUGCAGAGCGCCGGGAUCACAGAAGAAGACAGCCUGCUGCUGCUGGAGAGGAGUCGGCCUCUGCUCCAACAACACCAGGGACUCCUCACACACCCUCCACCCCAGCAGGGGCACUGGGACACCAGGACAGCCCCGGCUCCAGAGGCCCUGAACCGGGCUCUGAGGUCUGGGAGUUAGGCGCUCGUCUGGAGGAGAAACGCAAAAGCAUCGAAGCCCAAAAAAGACGGAUCGAAGCCAUCUUUGCCAAGCACCGACAAAGGCUCGGGAAAACUGCCUUUUUGCAACUGAAAAGAGCGCAAGGGGAGGGGGGAGGGGCGGGAGCCGAGGAGGCUAGUCUCACCCUGGAGGAGAGCCUCACUUGUAUGGAGGCGCAACUGAAACAGGAGGAGGAGAGGGAAGAGAAGGAGAAAGAGAAGCCGUCUGUGUCCAACCCUCCUCGGUUAGAGAAGCAGGUCACAUUCUCCAUUGAGAGUAAGAAGGUUCCAGAGAAGGUCGGAGAAGCUGCUUUCGUGGAGUGCAACGAGGUGGUGCAGAAACUGAGUGAAGCUCUGCAGUCUCUACAGAAGGACAUGCAGAAACUCACAGAACAGCAGCAGCAGCUCAUGAGCAACCAAAAACCCACAAACACAUCCAGAACCGCGUCCAAAUCUACACCUAGAAGUGCCGCCAAAACACCCCCUCACACUCCGACAAAGACACCUCCAAGAACCCCAACCAAGUCUUCUUCGAGGAGCAUCAGCAAGGCCUGGGUGAUCCCUGAUCCCGGUGCUGCAGACUCCCCGUCCCGGCGCUCUCACCUUCUUCCCCUCUCCGCCUCCCCAAAGACUAUCAUGUCGUCCUCCUGCCCGACUCCCCGCACAAAGAUCCAGUCCUCAUCGUCUCACCGCAGCCCGAAGCACCACCCUCGUGCCCAAAAUCCGCCUCACCCAAGACCCUCCGAACUAAAGUUUCCCACAUACAACCGGGCCUUGGCACCGACACACAACGUGGACACCCUCCCCCAUUUGAGGCGGGUUUCCCCUAGCAAGUAUCAGGAUCAGUCGUCCUCUUCCUUCCGAAUCGGCGGGCCUCGGACGCCUGAAGACUCUCUGCAGGGUGUCCAGCAGCCGCAACACGACGGAAACACCUCGGACACGGCCUCCAGUGAGACCCCGACUCAGUUCAGCAUGGAGCUGGAAGACAUGGAGGCUGUGGGAGGGCUGCCGGUCUUACCUCGACACGACCGCCAGACAGGUAGAAGCAGCUCCGGAGCGCCCUCCGAGUGCUCGUUUGAGAGCGAGUCCUUGUCUCUAUCUGCUGCUUUAGGCGCAGUAGGUGCAGGGAAAAGAUGCAGCAUGAUUGAGGUGUCGCGGUCCUCUCUCGGAGGGCCGGAGGGGGGCAGCGACGUGCCGACCGAUGAAGGGCAGGAGUUUUCUUCUGAUUCUAUGAGCGACCACAUGGAGUCUGGGGUGGAACCUGCUGGAGGACUCGCUGCUGAACCUCUGGACCCCGUAGAACAGCAGCUGGACCUGGCAGCAGGAGGUGGUUGUUUGCCCGAACAGGAAGCUGAAACCAAAGCAGAACCGACGGAAACUUUGGAAGAAAGUAUUGAGCAGAAUGAGCCCGGGCCAAGAGGAGGGAUCGGAUUCUUCUUUCAGGGAGAUGUGCACAGUGACGAGGAGAUGACCCAGCGCAGAGCUCUGCUUCUGGAGAAACAGCAGAGGAGAGCGGAGGAGCUGAGGAAGAGGAGGCAGGAGAACGAGCAGGAGAGGGAGAACAGACCCUCCUCCACCCCCCCUGCAGGCCACACCUCCCCCUCCCCCACUCCUCCAGAUACACCCUUCAGGCGCGGGAACUUCACGAGACUGGAGUACGAUCGGCGGCAUCAGCUCAAGAUCAUGGACAACUUUGACAAAAUGCUCCAGGAGAAGCUGAGCAGUCAUGGCCGAUCCUCUGGGAAGAAGAGCAGGUCCCGUCCCCGCAGUAUGACCCGCGAGGAGACCAAGCUGUCUCUGAGUCCGGCCAAGGGAACCACGGGCGCUAAGUUGACCAAAGUCCACUCCAACCCCUCCCUCAACCUGACCGCGACGGACGAGCCCGGGAACAGAACCCCCCCCAAGAAAGCCCCAAGUCGUCCUGACUCGCCCUUAGUUUGUGUGACUCCGAGUAAACUGGUGAAUCAGAACGGAGACAAAGACAGUGAGACCUCAGCGGCCCCGGAGUACACAGGUCCCAAACUGUUCAAAGAGCCGAGCUUCAAGUCCAACAAGUUCAUCAUCCACAACGCCCUGUCGCGCUGCUGCCUCGCAGGGAAGGUCAACGAGACGCAGAAGAACAAGAUCGUGGAGGAGAUGGAGAAGAGUCCCGCUCACCACUUCCUGAUCCUCUUCAGGGACUCCAGCUGUCAGUUUCGGGGCGUUUACACCCUGAACCCGGACUCUCAGGAUCUGGUUCGUCUGACGGGAGUCGGCCCGCGCUCCGUCAGCUCAGCACAGGUGGAGCACAUCUACAAAUACAGCUCGGACAGGAAGCAGUUCAGCGCCAUCCCCUCCAAGACCAUGGGCAUGAGCGUGGACGCCUUCACCAUCCCUGGCAGCCUGUGGCAUGGAGGAGGAGCAGGAGGAGCAGGAGCAGGAGGAGCAGGAAGUCGCAGGGCCAGUGUCAACAAGAAGGCCGUCACCUCCAAGUGAGACACUCGGAGAAAACUGUUUCCAAUUUAUAGGAAGAUGAGACGUUAUGUGACAGGGCUGCACCAUCUGGGGAUACUUAUAUACGUAGUUAUUUUAAAUAAUUGUGCAACUACGAUAUGAUUCUGGAUCUAAUAUGGAUUGAUCAUCUUUAAAACAUGUUCAGGUCUGAGCAAAAAGUCAGACAGUUAAGAAAAUAAUCUGAAAUGUAUGUAAAAAAAUCUAAAUUCUGAGAAAAAAGUCCAAAUGUAGAACCGAAUGGAGAACCAAAUGUAGAACCAAAUUCAGAGAGAAAAUGAUCUAAAAUGUGCUAUGUCAAAAUACUAAAAAGAUAAUCCGAAUUUUGGCACAAAAAUCGGUGAAAAAUAUAAAACAAUUCAGAAAAAAGUCAAAAUUCUCAAUACUCAAAAAUGAUGAACUGUUGGUCAUGUGACCCCAUGUCACUUGUGGCCUAAUACUCUUCUGGAUACUGAAUGAUCAUGGUGUGAUUUCUUUAGAGGAUUUUAGUCUCCGCUGCUCCACGAUACUCCACGUUCUGAUUUGGAGCAGCAGGAGGUCGAAGUGAGACACGUGCACGAAGUUUCAGAGAAAACUGUUUCUAAAUAUGUGGUUUAUAUGCAGGUGAGACGUUAUGUGACAGGGCUGCACCAUCUGGGGAGGAUGACUAGUUGUGAUUAUUUUAAAUAUUUGUGCAACAACGAUAUGAUUCUGGAUCUAAUAUGGAUUGAUGAUUGAAAUUGAAAUGUUAUUCACAGUAUUAUUGAGAAGUAUAUUGACAGGAGAGGAUCAGGGCCACAGAUGAAAAGACGUUGAGAUCUGACCAAAAGACAAUUUCGUUUUUAGUUUGGAGAAAAAAGUCAGAAUUCUGAGGAAAGAAAUUCUGGUUCUUGAAAUAAAAUUCUGAGAAAAAAGUCAACAUUUGGAGAAAAAAGUCAACAUUUGGAGAAAAAAGUCAAC